AUGGGGGCAACGGCGGAGACACAGAUGACUCCGGCACAAGUCACUGACGACGAAGCUAACCUCUUCGCCAUUCAGCUAGCGAGUGCCUCCGUUCUUCCGAUGGCUUUAAAAUCCGCUAUAGAGCUCGAUCUUCUCGAGAUCAUGGCCAAGAACUCUUCUCCCAUGUCUCCUUCCGAGAUUGCUUCCCAUCUCCCGACCAACAACCCCCAAGCUCCCGUCAUGCUGGACCGUAUCCUCCGGCUUCUUUCGGCUUACUCCGUCCUCACUUGUUCCGUCCGUACACUUACCGACGGCGUCGAGCGAACUUACGGGCUUGGUCCGGUUUGCAAGUACUUGACCAAGAACGAAGAUGGUGUUUCGCUUGCUGCUCUUUGUCUCAUGAACCAUGACAAGGUCCUCAUGGAAAGCUGGUACCAUUUGAAGGAUGCAAUUCUUGAUGGUGGGAUUCCAUUCAACAAAGCUUAUGGCAUGAGCGCAUUCGAGUACCCCAGGACUGACCCUAGCUUCAACAAGGUCUUCAACAAAGGAAUGUCCAACCAUUCCACCAUCACCAUGAAGAAGAUUCUCGAGACCUAUAAGGGUUUCGAGGGAUUUACUUCUUUGGUUGAUGUCGGUGGUGGCAUUGGUGUUACUCUUAAAAUGAUUGUCUCUAAGUACCCUAACCUUAAAGGCAUCAACUUUGAUCUCCCUCAUGUCAUCCAAGUUGCUCCAUCUUACCCCGGUAUUGAGCAUGUUGGAGGAGAUAUGUUUGUAAGUGUCCCCAAAGGUGAUGCCAUUUUCAUGAAGUGGAUAUGUCAUGAUUGGAGCGACGAGCAUUGUGUGACAUUAUUGAAGAACUGUUACGAGGCGCUUCCAGAGAAUGGAAAAGUGAUAUUAGCAGAGAGUAUACUUCCAGAGACACCAGACUCAAGCCUCUUGACCAAACAAGUGGUCCAUGCAGACUGCAUUAUGAUGGCUUUCAAUCCUGGAGGCAAAGAACGAACUGAGAAAGAGUUUGAGUCACUAGCCAAAGGAUCAGGCUUCAAGGGAUUCAAAGUUGUUUGCAAUGCCUUUGGUGUCUGCAUUAUUGAGUUGCUCAAGAAGAUCUAA